UGUAACGUCCUGUAACGUAGCAACGGAGCAGAGGAAAACAGCUUUUCGAUUGCGGUACGUCUAAACGUGAGACUUGGCAGUGCUUGGUUUGGACAGCAACAUCCCUUUAAAGAGAGAAAAUGAGUUCAAGAAAGGUUACAGCAGUGUUUGAGAACUAUCAAAAACAAAGGACAACUUUCGUUGAGAGAGUCGCCGAACUCGCCAAUCAGGCGGAGAACAUCGAAACUCUGCAGAAUGUUGGUGCGAUGGCUCUGUUAAGACCACUUCUCCUAGAUGUUGCCCCCAACAUUCAACAGACAGCAGCAUUAGCCCUUGGUAGACUGGCAAAUUACAAUGAAGACCUUGCUGAGGCUGUUGUGAAAGGAGACAUUCUACCACAGUUGGUGUAUUCUCUGGCAGAGCAAAAUCGAUUUUACAAGAAAGCUGCUGCAUUUGUGCUGAGGGCUGUAGCGAAGCAUUCUCCUCAGCUGGCACAGGCUGUGGUAGACUGUGGUGCUCUGGAGGCUCUUGUCAUCUGCCUGGAGGAGUUUGACCCAGGGGUCAAAGAAGCAGCAGCGUGGGCCCUUGGAUAUAUUGCAAGACACAAUGCAGAGCUCUCCCAGGCAGUUGUUGAUGCAGGAGCUGUCCCUCUGCUAGUCCUCUGCAUUCAAGAACCUGAAAUGCCUCUCAAGAGAAUCGCUGCAUCAGCAUUGAGUGACAUUUGUAAACAUUCGCCCGAGUUGGCCCAAACAGUGGUAGAUGCAGGAGCCAUUGCUCACCUUGCGCAGAUGAUUCUUAAUCCUGAUUCAAAACUUAAGGGAGUGACUGUGUUAGCUGGCAUUCUCUCUAGAAGUGAGCAUAAUCACAUCAUGCAGCAGCGAUCCACCGAACUAGGAAGGAAUGAAGAAGAUCACAUACAGGCUGCUACAGCAUGGGCCCUGGGUCAGAUUGGAAGACAUACACCAGAACACGCUAAGGCAGUGGCAGUCACUAAUGUCUUGAAGUCCCUGUUGGAUUGUUACCAGGACUCUUCUAGCUCAGAGGACCUGCAAGCUAAGUCCAAGAAAGCACUGACCAACAUCCUACAGAAGUGUGUCCAUCUGCCAGCGCUAGAACCUCUGCUGAAAGACGCACCGCCAAACAUCUUGAAGCACGUCGUAAGUCAGUUUGCUAAAGUUCUCCCGCACGAUGUGGCGGCGCGUCGGCUGUUUGUGACGAGUGGAAGUUUGAGAAAAAUCCAAGAGAUCAAUGCAGAGGGGAACACAGCUCUCAGUGAACACAUCAAUACCAUCAACAACUGUUAUCCUGAGGAAAUCGUCAAAUUCUACUCUCCUGGUUACCCCGAUAAACUGCUUGAAAGAAUUGGUCAAUGUCAAUCUUAAUAAGAAUUUUUUUUUUUUGAACAUGGUGUCAUCACCUUGGAUCCAAGAGUACAAGAUGUUUUCUUUUCUAAUUUGUUCCCUUAGACCAGAGAAUCUUAUGCUGAUAUUUCCAAUUUUCUACAAGGUCGUUGGACUUUGAUUUCGAAAAAGAGGCUAUUUUUAGUGAAGAAAACUUGAACCGAUGUUUCAGGGACUCAAGCCAGUUAACUAAGUAUUAAAUAAAAGUAGAAUGACCUCCAGCAUGUUCUUACCCUUUCGAGUAACACACUUGAAGCAUGUAAAUAUCUAAAAAAAAUUAGGUUUCCAUUUCUUAUAACGUAAUGGACAGUAAAGUUUUAUUAUAUGUUGUGUGAA